AUGGGGAGGCUUAUUGACUUAACGGGAUCGCGAGGUACUAUUGAUCUGGGUGUCCCAAUUAAUGCCACAGUCACCUCAGCAUUCCAGAGACGGAGUCGUCGGCGUUGGAAUGGUAUUCUAACAGAUACUGUUCAAGUUAUAGAAGCUAAACAAGCUCAGCUUCAGCCAUCGACGUCGGAUAUCCCUUUUUGGAAAGACAAAGCAGGAAAGUUUAAAACCGGUUUCUCAUCCAAAAAUACAUGGCUGCUCCUUCGUCAUUCAUCUCCUCGUCAAGAAUGGCACAAAGGUGUUUGGUUCAAGCACUGUACCCCAAAGUACUAUGUAUGCACAUGGUUAGCUUCGCUCAACCGUCUCUCAACAGGGAACCGAAUGAUGCAAUGGAAUCCAGGGAUCAAUCCCUCUUGCAGUCUCUGCAACUCGUCGCUGGAGACUCGUGACCACUUGUUUUUUGAGUGUAACUACACAAGGGAAGUCUCGUCUAAACUGGCUACUACUCUCUUCCAGAGUCGUUUCUAA